AUGGGAAGUGUUUCAAUUUCACCUUUCCUCUUUGUUAUAGUGGCGAAAGGUUUGAAGGGAUUGGUUAAUAAGGCCAUUGAAAAUGGAGAUUAUGUGGGAUGUAACGUUAACGGAAAAUGCUUUAUUGACAUCCUUCAAUUUGCGGACAACACUUUGUUAGUAGGGGAGGGAAGUUCGAAACAUCUUUGGGAAAUCAAGUCGGUCUUGAGGGAUUUCGAACUUGUAUCGGGUUUAGGGAUCAACUUUUAUAAAAGUAAACUUAUUGGCAUCAACAUCAAUCCAAACUUUUUGGAGGUAGCCACGUCGUUUCUUUCUUUGAGGAGUCCGCUAUUGUUAAAGUUUAAGAAGAGGUUGUCGAGUUGGAAGGGUCAGAUGCUUAGUUUUGGGGGAAGGAUAACUCUUUUAAAGUCGGUGUUGGGUAGUCUAGCUAUCUUUACACUUUCAUUUUACAAAGCUCCGAUGAAAAUUAUUAGGAAGAUCACUAAAAUUCAAAGAAAUUUCUUUGGGGCGGAUUGGAGGAUAGAAGAAGGAUACAUUGGGUGUGUUGGAAGGAUGCUUGUCUUUCGAUAG